AUGCUACUUAAAAAAAUACAGACCUGUUCUGAGAAACUCUACAACACAGUCAUUAAGUCUUCCAUGCUCUACUUCUCUAGAGGUGAAGUUGCAGUGCAAACUGGAGAUCUGUUGCCAUGUAAGAUUUGUGGAAGAACUUUCUUCCCAGCAGCUCUGAAAAAGCAUGGACCCAUUUGCCAAAAAACUUCUUCCAAGAAAAGGAAGACAUUUGAUUCCAGCCGACAGAGAGCAGAAGGAACUGACAUUCCCACAGUAAAACCUCUUAAGCCACGGCCAGAACCACCCAAAAAACCUUCUAACUGGAGACGAAAGCAUGAGGAAUUUAUAGCAACUAUACGAGCAGCCAAAGGACUUAAUCUUAAAGAUGGUGGAAAACUCCCUCCACCACCUCCACCAUCAUAUGACCCUGAUUACAUUCAGUGUCCAUACUGUCAGAGGAGAUUUAAUGAAAAUGCAGCUGACAGACACAUCAAUUUCUGUAAGGAGCAAGCUGCACGUAUUACUAAUAAGGGGAAAUUGGCAGCUGAUACCAAAGGGAAGCUUCCUACUCGAACACAGUACAAACCUACUCCAGUUAAGAAGAUGCCUUCUGUAGGAUCAACACCAUCACCAUCAUCACGCUUACCACAGCCAAGUGGUGUUAGCAAAACUGUUGUAGGUGCCUCUUCAAGUAAAGCACUGUCUUCUGGAUCCAGUGGGAGCAAAAUUCAGACGUUAUCACCAGCUCAUAAAAACUCGCUGGGAAUGGUGAACCCACAAGCAGGAGGUGCAACAAAAACUCGGACAUCAACCCCUCCUAGUGUGGCAAGAGCCAUGAGCACAGGUGCUUUAACAAACAGAAGAAAAACUAGCAAUUCAGACACUAACUUAAGGGAAGGUCUGACGGGAAAACUGGGUGUGACAGUGGAGAUUACCCAUCCUCAGUCAAUGGAGGAAGUGCAAAAAGCAGUGAAGGAAUUUCACCUGUACAGUUAUCCAAGUUCUGCCAUGAAUGUGGAACAAAGUAUCCAGUGGAAUGGGCAAAGUUCUGCUGUGAGUGUGGAAUUCGAAGAAUGGUUGUGUGAACACAUUCUUUAAAGCAGAAAGAAAACAAGAAAUUGGAACAUCUGCUAUGUACUGUUGCAUGGAAAGCUUGAGCACUCCAUCCAGUUAGACUUUAUGCUGCAAGCAUCGAAACAUCAUUUUGCAAUUUUCUGAGUGCAAUCUUCUGGUUACACAAUUAUUUAUAAACAAUGAUAUAUACUGUAUAUAAAAAUAGCAGCUACCUAAACUGUGCCAUUCAAGGAAAUACUUUUUACUCUUUGUUGAAAAUAUUUAAAAUUAAGGUAAAAAUGCGUUAAGUAACCUAGGUAGCAGAAGAGGUUCAAUGUUAUUUUUUUUGUAAAUCCUACUAGGCAAAGGAUUUUUUAAAUCUCUUAUGUAGGGUAAUACUUACCUAUAGGGAACUAGCCAUGAACAACUUGGGCUUCAAAGGUUUCUCUGUGGAGGCAUUUCCUUCAUCUGUGACAGUACCUUAGAUGCUGUCUUCUAAGUGAAAACAACAUGAGCAACUCCUUAUAAAUUCCUAGAUAAAAGUGUCAAAAUUUCGGAUCUUUAAAUUUUAACAGUAAUAUGCGAAUUGGACUUUCCAGUUACUUCCUAUGAAUUUUUUAAAGAAUUGAAGCAGAAACACUACCUGAGAAUUCUCUUUGUAUCUAAGAAGAAAGGCAAGAUUUUCUUUUUGUGGCUUUCCAUGUUCUGUUUUCCAGUAAAAACGUGUUAAUAUUUUUAUGUAUUUAUAAGGACAAAUAUGGCA